UACGUAGCGUGGCAUCGUCGGUGUCGUUGUGACGCAGCCUAUGUGUACGCACAUCACAUCGCGUAGUCACCACGGACUACGUCCCAAAGUGGUUGUCCCAAAGAACGAAAACAAUAAUCAGCUGAUUCGACAUUCGCUGCGAGAGGAGUGGGGCGGGAAAAAAGGAUCGGUCGUGAUCGGAAGUAACGUUCACUCGUGGCUCGGUCGUUUGCGUCUGCUUGCGAUCAUUCGAGGUUGAAUAAUCGAUACUUGACCUCAACGUCACAGUUUUAGUAUCGACGAUUUCAAUUAACUCGCGUCAGUUGACGACGCUAGAACAGAAUCGUUAACAAGAUGGAAUGAUUAAUUUGGUUAUAUUCAGUGAAUAUGAGUACACAAGGGGUGACGAUGUUGAAUAAGCCAGCAAUGAUUAAACGAAUAAUUCAGGUCAAACGUACAUCAAUGUUUAUAUCCGUUACACCUAAAUAUGGAUUGCCAGUAUAGCUAACUUCAGACUGGUAGCCAAGAUGUGUCGCGCCUCCAUCGACUAAGUGAGGAAUUCCAGAACUAAAAUUCUGUCAUUUAUUAAGUGCUUGGUCUAACGCGAUAUUAACGUGAUAAUUAAUACAACAAGAAGUGUGAACAUGGUUAUUUAUUGCUUUGUACAAGGCUGCAAAUCAUCCAAAUAUCACAGCAAAAAGGAAACAGAGAAACAUUCUGUGCCUUGCUAUAGAUAUAUCUUAAGAUACGUUUAAACUUCCCUUUGGUCUUUGGUCGAUGGGGCUGGGCUUAAAUCUCGAAAACUAUCGAAGAUGUUGGAUACAUUUUUCAGUACAGCGAUAAAUAAGAAAAAUGGAGUACUGACAAUCCAUAUUUCUAUAGUCAAAGGGUACAACAUAGCCUUGGCAACGUAUAGCGAACCGACCAACAAUAAACAGCGGUUUUAUCUGUGGAGCUAAUCAACUGUCGCGACAUCGCCAACUGAGCUGCAGAGGCAUACUCGGCAGGGAUAAAUGCCUUGAGUAAACUAUGGACACGGGAAGAAACUGAAACAUCUUUCUAAUGAGACAUCGGGUACAUUCUCCUUUCAAGCCGGAUAUAUUAAGUCAGUUAUGAUAUUUAUCAUGACCUGCUUCCGUUUGAUCACAAUUGUGCUAGUUCACAAUGCUGUUGCUAUCGCUCGACCGAAUUUCCUACUGAUUAUUAUCGAUGAUCUGAGGACUAGUUUGGGGUCUUAUGGCGAUGACAAUGCGUACACACCGAACAUUGACGCCUUAGCUGAAGAUAGCAUUGUUUUUACUGAAGCGUUCGCGCAGCAAGCUUUGUGCGCACCUAGCAGAAAUUCACUAUUGACGAGUAGGAGACCGGAUACUCUUCAGCUGUACGAUUUCUAUAGUUACUGGCGCGAUACAGUUGGUAAUUAUACCACUUUGCCGGAGCAUUUAAAAAACAACGGUUAUACCACAAUGUCUAUAGGAAAAGUUUUUCAUCCAGGAAUAAGUUCUAAUAAAUCUGAUGAUAGUCCUUAUUCGUGGACCGAGGAGCCUUUCCAUCCUUAUACAGAUCGAUAUAAAAACGCCCCCGUCUGUAAAGCAAAUUUGCAAUCGAAAGCAGCACAAAAUCUCGUAUGCCCAGUACAUGUCUCAACUAUGCCAAACAGGACGUUACCCGAUAUUGAGACGUUACGAGAAGCAAGAAGAUUCAUACAUGAACAUAGGAAAGACUGCAAUCCCUUCUUCCUAGCUGUUGGAUUUCAGAAGCCUCAUAUACCGUUGAAGUUCCCGGAUCGUUUUAUAAAAUAUCAUCCAAUUCAUAAGUUUAAAAUACCUGAGCCGUAUCUAUGGCCGAGUAAUGUAAGUAACAUUGCUUACAAUCCCUGGAUCGAUCUUCGAUGGAGGCAAGAUGUAGCAAAGUUAAAAUUAAAGUUUCCUUGGGAAAAAAUUCCAGAGAAAUUCGGCAUGCUGAUUAUUCAAUCAUAUUAUGCAGCCGUGUCAUACAUUGACAGUAUGAUCGGUAAACUUAUUUAUCAGUUGCACGCCUCCAUGGUUCGAGAAAAUACUAUCGUAAUAUUAACAUCUGAUCAUGGUUGGGCACUUGGAGAACAUGCUGUUUGGUCGAAGUAUAGCAAUUUUGACGUUUCUGUACAUGUACCUCUGUUAGUAUCAAUUCCAACACUCACAUUUCAUUCUGAUAAUUAUCAUGUUAGAACCAUCGAUCGUACGAAAUGUAUAAAAAAAAUUAUAAACAUCGCUAUUGAAACGAACCUUAGGAACAUAAUAUUCGAUUCUAUAAAAAUUAGUAACUCAAAAAUGCGCGGAGAUAUGGAAUAUUAUAUGGACCAAUAUAAAAGAAACGUUUCAAAAGGGUAUAAUCAACAGAGAUAUAACAAGUUUAUAAAGGACGAAGUAUUACAUCGCAAAGUGCAGGAAAGAUAUAAAGUUACGAAUGCGAUUGUAGAACUUGUCGACAUAUUCCCAACAAUCGCAGAUUUGGCAGGCGUGCCUAUACCAAUCUGUCAAACUUAUAAUAAUGAUCACACGUUAUCCUUAAACAAUCUUAAACAUGAAAAGGAGUUUAAUCCUUGUAGCGAAGGUAUCACACUUCUACCACUCAUAAAGAAUGUCUUAAAAAACCAGAAUAUAUCCUGGAAAAAAGCAGCAUUUAGUCAGUAUCCAAGACCAGGUAUUCAACCUACGCUUCAUCCCAACAGCGAUAAGCCACGUUUAAAAGAGAUAACUAUGAUGGGUUACACUUUGAAAACCAACGAUUAUCGUUACACUGCAUGGAUACCAUUUGCGUAUGAAUCGUAUAAGCCAAAUUGGGAUAUUAUUAUUGCGGAAGAAUUGUAUGAUCAUAGGACAGACAGGGCAGAAAAUUUUAAUAUAGCUACUGUACCAAUUAUGUUAAAUAUAAAAAAAUAUCUAAAGACGUUAUUAAAAAAUGGAUGGAGAAGUGUUCUUCCAACGUAUUAAACUUUGACGCUUCAAUGUUAUAUGAUUAUAAUCGAUGUUUAGCAUAUAUUUCUGUCUUAAAACGUUGAAAUGAAAUGCCUUGCUUCCUCAAUAUACGAGGGUAGUCCCAGAAGUACCUGACCUGAUGUAUAGAUAGCGGUUGUUGUUUGAAAAGAAUGACUACGAUAGAAAGUACCAACCUUAUAAAGCUUAAGUUUGAAGUUUGACGACGCUACAUUGUUUAGUAUUUGUUUAGCAGCCAUCAAUAGUGAACGCUCUCAGUGAAUUUGUAAACAUGGGAAAAAUUGGUCAUCGUUAUGUGAUACAAUACUUUCAUUUGAAAGGCCUCAGUCCAACCAAUAUCAAAGAGGAGCUAGAUUCUGCUCUGGGGGAGUUUGCUCCUUCGUUUACAACAGUAAAAUAUUGGGUGGUAGAGUUUAAACGAGUCCGUACGAGCUGCCGAGACGAACAUCGCAGUGGUCGACCAAACGAGGUGACCACGCCAGAAAUGGUGAAGAAAAUUCAUAAAAUGGUAUUGGA